CACUCUGUCUCUACACGGCACGCUGAGGUCUCUGUGUAUAAUACUCGCCCUGCCCCCCCUCCUCUCUGCACUUAAGCUGAGAGAAAAACACUUCAAACACCUUCUUAUCAGCAAAAUAAGAGACGUGCCAUGAGGCCACUCCCCUACCAGCCCCCACUAAUCUCCUUUCUAUACCAGAACAGCUAGGAUACCGAGGCGUGGUUUAUCCUCGUCACUUGGUGCCGUUUCCAAGCAACCACUACAGCUUCCCUAGCUCUCUAUGCUUUGUAAAGGCGACAAGGCCCGAAGGAAUAAAAUAAGGCCACGGCUGGUUAGAUAGCUAGCGCAAAUUGGUGAGAAAAAAGAAACAUCGCUAGAAGGAAUCGUCCCUCACUGUUUAUGAAAAGAAUGGAUGAUGAGGAUGAAGAAUUUGGCACUACAUUAGCAUACACCAAAAGCCCUAAAACAGCAAAAAGGACUUCUUUCCAGGAUGAAUUAAAAAAAGCAAUCAAUGCACGUGUUUCAAGACAACAAGCAAUAGAAGAUCAUGAAGAUUCAGAAUACUCAGAGGAGUUUGACAGUGACGAUGAUAGCCUAGAUGAUUCAUUUGAAGAAAAAAAUGAAACCAAAUCCAGAUUUCAGAAGGCACUUCAUAAUUUUGAUUUCUCUGAUGAAGAGGAAGAUAAGCCACAGAAGACAUUAUUUCUAAAGAGUAAAACCCAGUCAGAGAAAGUUAAAAAAGAAAUAGACAACAAUAGAAUUUCAGAGAAUAAAAACUCUGUAAAUGCACUGCUGAAAUCAUCACUGUCACAAGAUGGACUUAAAGACAAGGAAAGAGCAGAUGAAAUAGAUGUAAAGCCAACUCCAAAGCCAAGGGAAACAAGGAUUAAAUCAAACAUUCCAGAAAAUACAGAAAUGAUGGCCGCAUCAGUUGAAUCAAACAGACCAAUACCGCAAAAGCGAAACCUUCCAAGAAAAAGCAGCCACACAGUUUUCGGACUUUCUGGUCAAGAAGAGGAAAUAGACAAAAAAACUGCUCCCUUUUCUGCUCCUUCUUCUUUUAUAAGACUAAAUGAAACAUUUCCUGCUGAUGAAAUACGAAUAUCUUCUGUAGGGGAUAGUCCAGAGACAUAUAAGAUCUCAAAGCCGCCUUCACCAGAUUUACUAUAUAAAUUCCUCCCAAGGUCUAAUGGCGAAAAAAGUGUCUUCACAGAUGAGUCCCACAUUGAAUUAGAAGCUCUCCCGGUAGAAGGAAAUUCUGCUUUGAACAGCCACGGUAGAGGAAGGAAAUCUCCCUCAGUUCUGGAUAUGAUGCUGGCAUCUGUAAAUGAAAAGUCCCUACAAGAAGAGAACGAAGAUCACCUCCAAUAUACAAAUGAAGCAGGCUCAAAGAAUGAGCAAAUGUUACAUACAAUAGAACUAUCACAAGAACACAACAAUCAACAAACCAAGGGCAAAAUGAAUGAAAGCAAAAAGGAAGAACAUUUAGAGAAAGUUAGAUGCCCAUCAAGCAGGUCGUUAAAUUCUCUUCAAACAAUGAAGAGCUGUGCAAAGUUAAAUGCAACCAAGUCCCUCAAAUCUGCUAACUCCCGUUACCUGGGGACCCUUACAGUAUUGGAUAAGUCGGUAAAGGAAAGUGGUGGUGACAUUGAAGCGGCAGAUGCAUUACGAGCUACUGUUUAUCAGAAUUGGCUGCAAAAGAAAAAAAUGUUUUUUCAUGAUCUUCAUAAAAUGAAGAAUUCUGAAGUAGAAGAAGAAAAGGAAAAGCACCAAAAGCAGGAGAUUGCCAAGAAAGAGGAAGCAAAAGCAGCAUUUGAGGCAUGGAAAUCUGAGAAAACACUGGAUAUUCGAAAAAAUCUAAUGAAACUUAAAGAGGAAGAUCAAAAGAAGUUGGAAGAAAUUAGAGAUAUUGCACAAAAAAAGCAAGAGUCAAAACAGGCGUUUGAAAAAUGGAAGGAGCAUAAGGAUGUUCGGUUGAAAGAAAAAUCACUGAAGCAAAAGCAGACUGAAAAAGAAAAGAAAAAUAAAGAGCAGAAAGAAAUCUGGGAAAAGAAGAACGAUACUAUAACCGCUAUCAAUUCAUGGAACGAGAAAAAGAAACAUGUACUGAAAGAGAAACAAAAAGAAAAAAAGUAUGAAAAAGUAAAGGAGGAACACAAACAUUCUGAAAAAGUGGAACAAGAGAAGAAAGCAGUGGAAAUGUAUGAACAAUGGCUGGAGAGAAAAGAAAGAAGAGAAAGGAUUGAAAAGAAACAAAGGAGGCUUCAGAUUGCAUUAGAUAAGGACCCACCACCUCCAUGGAGUCCUCCCGGCAAAACCAUUCCCUCAACAAAAUGAUUGGAAAUAUGAAUGUCACAUCUAGAUCAGUUGAUCCUAAAACAUAAUUAUUUUACAUUUUUGGGCUUGUUCUUUAUGGAGUCACACAAAAGACAUUCACAAAAUGAGGAUUUGAAAUGAAUUCAGCACCACGGCGCAAUAACUUACUGUGCUUUUGCUACUGCUUGAAUAUAGAAAAUGAUGUUUGUUCUCUUUUUGAUUGUCUGCAACAGCUGAGUACUAUUCAGAACUGCAUUUGUCCUUUUAGCCUAAACACCUGCAUUUCUACUGAAAAAAAGAGAUCGAAGCAUAUUUCUAAAGGUUAACUGCACUUAAGCAUCCUGCACAAUUUUUUUCCUUUCAUGCUGUUCUUCAUGUUUAUAUUUGAAUCAUAAAUACUCAGCAGGUAUUCCAUAAUUGCAGUUGAAGAGCAAACAGUUGGCCAGAAUGAAGUGUUUUUAGCAAGUUCUCAAACACUUUUAAUUGCCAGAAUUGUAAUAACUAUUUCUAACCCUUCUAUGCAUAUUUCAUGGUUACUUGUGUGACAGACAAAGGGAGAUAUUUAUCAAAGGUUGAGUUUUGGAAGUUUGCUAGGUUCACAAAUCGAAUGUUUUGAUUUAUGCAAAAACAUAUUGUUAUUUCUACUUUUUAUUACUCAUCUUUCUAUUCAAGCCCUCUCCUAUUCCAGUAUCUUGUUCGAUGCAUGGUUGCUAGGGUAAUUUGGACCCUAGCAAUCAGAUUUCUAAAAUUGCAAACUGGAGAGCUGCUGAAUAAAAAGCUAAAUAACUCAAAAAGCACAAAAAAUGUAAACCAAUUGUACAUUUUAUCAGAAUAUCACUCUUUACAUCAUACUAACAGUUAACUCAAAGGUGAACAACCCCUUUAAGGGAUGAGCAUGUUGCAGAAUAAACAUGAAAUUGUCUGGUUUUCUAUGAAAAAUAUAAUUUUUUAUAAACAAUAAAUUUGCCAAAGCUUUUCAGACCUCUGUCAUAGGCUCAUAGUGUACAUGUGGGAGAACCUAUCGUGUUCUUUAAAUAGAAAGAAGAUAUUGAAAAUGGAAAGGGAAAAAUAGACAACAUGUUUUGGGAGUUUUACAAGUGGUGAGCUUAGUGCUCAUUCAGGCAGCGGUUCCUCUCCCAGUCUGGCUGUAGGUGGGGGGUGACUACUGUAUAUGCCUGUCCCCCGCCUGCCCUUCACAGACAAACGCAGACAAUGUAAUAUGGAACUGUUUAAAGAAAAUCAAUCAUUUCUGCAAAGAGUUGGUUAGUGGGAUUUAGACAACUUCACCCCCCUCCCAUUAGACGUUAGAGACAGUGGAAGAUAACUGGUAACUGGUAAUAUAGGUAAAAGAACAAUAUAAGAUAUUUACUUAUCAAAUGUUGAAUUUUGGAGCUAUAUGAGCGUUUUUAAACCUCAAAUGAACUCAUGACUCGAAUGGUUUCUAAUUUAAGCAAAAACUGGAAUGGAAAAAACUGGAAUCAGCAAGUUCGGGGAAUCGGCAAGUUCGGGGUUAAUGACCCGAAAACUCAAAUUGAUCAAGUUUUCAGCAGUAAAAAACUGGAAUCGCUCAAAUUGAUCGAGUUUUUGGCAGUAAAAAAAUGGAAUCAGUCAAAUUGAUCGAGUUUUCAAGCAUCGUGAAGGCUAUUAACAUCUUCAAAUGGUUCUGCCAUUGACUCCUAAAUGACCUUGACAGGUUUUAGAUGGUGUAUUUUCAGAAUCUACCGUUUUCCAGGGUUUUCCUUGACCUUUGAUAAAUAACUCCCUUAAAAUCUGUUUAUUAGAAAUGUUAUGUUGGUCCUCUCAUAAUUACAGGAGAAUUACAGUUUUGUUCAGCAAAUGAAGGUUUUCUGAGAUUAUAUCAAGCCAUUUCCUUAGUAUUCAUAUCACAAAGCAAGAUAUGAAGUGCACUUAUUAUUAUUUGUCCUAUUAAUGGCUAUUCGUACGUUUUUAGGUAGGCAUUUAUACUGUAUAUAUAUAUUCAUAUUUAGGUUAAAUAGUAGUCUAGCACGUUGUACAUUUACUCUUAACCAAAGUAGUUCUGGAAUUGCCACGGCAUAACACAGAUAAAUUAAAACAGAUUGCAGUGCUCUUCACAGGCCCGGAUUUGUCGAAAGGCCACCAAGGCCCAGGCCUAGGGCGCAGGAUUGUAGGGGGAGGCAUGCUGCCCAACCACACCCACAUUGGUUCCAAAACACUGGGGAUUCGCUGGAGAUAUAAUCGUUUUUUAAAUUCCCAUGCACCAAUCCCCAUUGCUCUGGUCUAGAUGAUGAAAAAUUGCACGAAUAAAGGGGAGGGGACGGGGCAAUGAACAGCAAUGGGCCUAGAGGCGCUCACUAUGUAAAUCCAGCCCUGGCUCUUCAGUGAUAGAUACGUAGACACAACCUGAGAAUUCAGAAGUUAAAAGCAGUGUAACUAUUUUACAUAUCAGCUGUGUCUUUAAAAGCUCCCCUAAGGCACAUUCAAGAUCUAUUGACAUUAUUAAAUCAGGGACACGUCUUAAUACAUUCAAGUUGCAGAGUUUCACCGAUUGCAGAGGGAUUUAAUGGAGUCGUCGUAGCCUUUCUAGCAGCAUUUUCUACCAUUUCCCUAGUAUUUCACAAGAUCGAUGUAAUUCAGCUGCAUUGCCUCCUCAGUGUUGUCCUCUGCACCCGGUGAUUUUACACCAAUGGCCCCUGAGAAGAGGGAUCU